AUGAAGAAGCGGGACGACUUGGUUGAAACCUACACCGUGGUGGCACGGCCGUACAUGAGAAGCGGCACCGAAAGAGCAUGGGUGCACCACUUCCCUCUCUACUCACACCCCAUGUUUCGCGCCGCGCUGCGCAACGAAGAGGCAGUACGGAACGCCUUCCUGGAGCAGUCUGACCGCAUAGAUCCACUGGCGCUCGACUCGGCUCUCGAUCACAUGGUGACACAGCUCAUGGCGCAGCACCUGGAUCAUCACGAGGCCAAAGGGAGUACACCUACCAACACUUCAAGGAAGGAUCUCAUUGUCACCGAUAGUCAGCUGCAUGCGCUUCUCGCCGAACCCACACACGCUGCACCACUACCAUCGCGACCGCAACAACCGUCGUCGGUGCUUCAGCCUAUCACACCAGAGACAAUCGGGGCUCUCGCCCCAGGUGCUGCCCAGGCGUCCUCGUCACCAGGACUACAAGGGCAGUUCAUCCCGAAUCAGUACUGCCACACCACCUACCCUCCGCUGCAUUCCUACAGUGAUGUCAGGCGCCGCGUGGCGCCACCGUUGCGCACUCAAGCUGCACCCCUCAGCGGUGCAACCUCGGUCCUGAGCAGCAACAAGCAAGACGCGCUCAAAGUUGUGUCGGUUGAUGCCCUUCAGCAAUCUGCUCCGAGAAAUGGAGAGCACGUCCCCAACCAAUCAGCGCUGCGGCUGCCGCCUCUGUCUGCAAGUACAACACUGACGGAUUCGGGUGAGGCAAAGGCCAAGAAUGCUGAGAUGGGCGCCAGCGGGAACACUACAACGCCGCAGCAUCGACCUAUGGCAUCGCUCUACUCCCUACUCCCGUCUCUGACGGCUUCACCAGGGCUGAAGACGUCGUCGGUGCUUCUCGGCACCGCCACUUCUCUGAGGCCGUCACAGUCUUCGCUUUCGUUUUGCGAAAUGGACCGUCGGCCAGGCAUCGGCACCGGACCAGUCGCGCAGCAGUCGGUGGACGCGCAGCAGCUGCACCGAGUCCCUGACGCGGUCUUUGCCGCCAUGGACGUCUACAUGGACGGCAACAGCUGCUGCAUCCGGCGGCGGCACCGCGUGCUAACGCCGAAUGGAAACAAAGAUAUGUCACUGCCACUGAAUCUGAGCUCUCUGCCUGGAGGCAGAGCUAGUGCUGCAGGAGGCUCCUGCUUCGUCUUCGGAUGUGGCAGCAGAAUUACGAGUAUCAGCCCCGCGUACAUCGCUGCCGCUCAGAACAAGCUUCCCGCCCCACCGCCGCCACGCACCGCCGCGGAGGCGAAAGCCCGCUGCAUCCUUGAGGGCCAGCGGCGAAAGCAGCGGCUGCACGACCAGCAGCAGCACCUUGGACCCGACUCCUAUUUUCUGACAGGUGGUGGCGACGCCGCGCAGCGCAGCUCCUCCUUUGCCGGGCCUCAUGGCGACCCUGUCACGCUACCAACUGAACCACUCAGAUAG